GCGUAAUUACGUUUUCACUCGAAAGCAGCAGCAGCAACUCUACUCUCUCACUCUACUUGUAGACAGACACGGCCGAUUCCAAAAAGUCCCAUCACGCCAGCUGCCAUAAGUAUUCCUCUUCCCUCCUCCACUCUCUCUGUCCCUUCUCACAGCUUAUUCACAGAAGCACUUGUGAGAAAGGCACCAAAAUUCUAAAUGUCGGAUGUAAAAGCCGAGCACCUGAGCGACCAGCUUUCCGAGCAGACCUCAAUCUUCGGCCUCCGUCUUUGGAUUGUUGUUGGGGUCUGCGUCGGCGUCGCCUUCGUGCUCCUCCUCGUCCUCAUUUCUCUCUGGUUCGCCGCCAAGCGUUCCAAGAACAAAACUUUAGCAAAACCCACAAUCCCAAUCGUCUCCAAAGAGAUCCAGGAGAUCCGGGUCGACCAUGUCCGGACACAAACCCAAGCUUACUCGCGCGCGGAGCCCGACCCAGUUCCCAGAAUCGAGAGGCAACACUUGCUGAAGCCGACAGAGGAAGAGAACCCAAUUGGGUACCAGAAAGUGCACAUUGAGAUUGGGAAGGACCACCGGAUUACUUACCCAAUCGGGUCUUCUUCUUCGCAUGGAAGCGGGGAGGCGCGCGGGGUUGAGCAGGCGGGGAUGGUGGGACCCGAAGUUUCUCACUUGGGGUGGGGACACUGGUACACUCUUAGAGAGCUCGAGGUUGCGACAAAUGGGUUUGUGGAUGACAACGUUAUCGGGGAAGGAGGAUAUGGGAUUGUUUACCAUGGUAUUUUGGAGGAUAAAACUCACGUUGCUGUCAAGAACUUGCUUAACAACAGGGGGCAAGCUGAGAGGGAGUUCAAGGUUGAAGUGGAGGCAAUCGGACGAGUUCGACAUAAGAAUUUAGUAAGAUUGCUUGGCUUCUGUGCUGAAGGAGCUCAUAGGAUGCUUGUGUAUGAGUAUGUCAACAAUGGGAACCUAGAACAGUGGCUUCAUGGGGAUGUUGGGCCUUGCAGUCCGCUUACUUGGGAGAUCCGAAUGAAUAUCAUACUAAAAACCGCAAAAGGGUUAACAUACCUUCAUGAAGGACUGGAACCCAAGGUUAUUCACCGUGAUAUAAAAUCGAGCAACAUUUUACUUGACAAGCAUUGGAAUGCCAAGGUGUCAGACUUUGGCCUUGCCAAGCUCAUUGGUUCUGAGAUAAGCUACAUUACAACACGUGUCAUGGGAACAUUUGGCUAUGUAGCUCCCGAGUACGCGAGUACGGGCAUGUUGAAUGAGAGAAGUGAUGUGUAUAGUUUUGGGAUUCUUAUCAUGGAGAUACUAUCGGGGAGGAAUCCAGUUGAUUAUAGCCGGCCUCCAGAAGAGGUGAACUUAGUGGAUUGGCUUAAGAAGAUGGUUGCUGACAGGAAUGCAGAGGCAGUAUUGGAUCCCAAGUUACCCGAGAAGCCUGCUUCCAGGGCAUUGAAGCGGGUUCUUCUUGUAGCUUUACGGUGUGUGGACCCAAAUGCACUGAAGCGGCCAAAAUUGGGACAUAUUGUACAUAUGCUAGAAGCUGAAGAGUCCCCAUUUAAAGAUGAUCAUAGAUCCAGAAGGGACGCAGAGCGCUUGGAUGGUGAAGAUGUGAAGGAUGGGCUGAAAGAGAAGCAGGUAACUGAACCAGGUGAUAGUAGUGGGUACGAAAGUGGCAUUGCAUUAGUCCGAUAAGACAUGAUGGAGGGAUCGAGGAGAAAAGCAGUGCCAAUUUUACCAGACUUGUUUGAUGCGGGUGACGGUUCUUGCACUCAUUCAGUAGCUGGCCUUUGCAAAUGGUGCCAAAGUUAUCCAAUAGCUUGCCGGCUUUUACAUACACAGGGUAUUACGCUACGUUGUUUUCUGAUUCUAUGCUUGUGUUUUGCUCCAUAUAGUUUCACAAGAACAGCUGAUUCAAAUGUUUUGGCAAAUGCCAUUUUUCAGAAAAGCUUUGAGCAAUGAGUGUGUAAUGUAAUUUGUUAGUCACACUAUUCCUCAAAUCUGUCAUUGUUGAAUAAAAUAUUAUAUAUAUAUAUUUUAUUUAUAUAUCAA